AUGGUUUAUCUCCUUCUAGACUUAAUUCUUCUUUUUCUUCUUCCUCAAAUUAGCCAUUCUUUUUUAUUUAAACAAUUUUCUCCUUCUUCUUCGUUUUCUUCUUCUUUUAAAAUACGCAUUCUUCUUCUUCUUCUUCUUCUAGAUUUAAAACAAUCUUCUUCUUCAAUUCCACCUUGCUGCUGUGUUUUUCUUCUUUUAUGUAAAUAUUUUUCGUCUUCUUCUUUUGGAUUAGCCAUUCUUUUUCUUCUUCUUCGUCUUCUAAAUUUAAACGAUUUUUGUUCUUUUUUUGAUUCAAAUUUAAACAAUUAUUAUUAUUAUUAUUAUUAUUAUUAUUAUUAUUAUUCUCCUCCUCCUCCUCCUUCUUCUUCUUCUUCUUCUUCUUCUUCUUCUUCUUCUUCUUCUUCUAUUCAACCAUUCUCCUUCGUAAAACAAUUCUUUCUUCUUCUUUUAGAUUAG